AUGCAGGAAUUUCAUCCUUUCAACCCUAAUGACGACCAAACCAAAAGUAUGUCUAAUCCACCUCGUGACAUCACUACACCGUGGGACACAUAUAAAAAAUUCAAAUUACUAAAUACCUGUAAAGCAGCAGGUCCUGAUGAAGUUCCUAAUUUUGUCUAUAUGGAAUAUGCCGAGAUUUCACUUUACCCAAUCUCUGGCUUGAUCAACUGUUCACUCCGCCAUCAAUUAUUACCAAGCUUAUGGAAGUUUGCGAACAUUAUCCUAAUUCCAAAGGAAAAG